UUCCUAUUGCGCCGUGCAUCGUGGCAGCUACACAGCAGGCUGUGCACACGCACACAGUCUUUACAUGCAUACACGCACAUUAUGUGGCGUGAGUGUGCACGGAGCCCAAAGUCCCCCUUGCCGCGGUGCAGUCUCUUAUCGGAAUGUUUGAAGAUUAACGAGGUUGUCCGUGUCCUGUAGACCACAAGCGACUGACAGCUGUACCCUGAAGGCUAGGAAGGAGACAGAGCGGGCAGCCAGCGCGUCGAGGCGGACUGAGAUAAAGGAAGUCAACGCUGCAGUUGCACCGGACAACGCUAAAGCACGGAGCCAUGACCGAGAAACGGAUGUCACGGUGGUACUUUGGUGGGCUGGCAUCAUGCGGGGCCGCUUGCUGCACGCAUCCUCUGGAUCUCCUCAAGGUACACCUGCAGACACAGCAAGAGGUGAAGAUGAGGAUGUUGGGGAUGGCUGUUCAUGUGGUGAAGAACAACGGAGUGAUGGCUCUUUACAACGGCCUCUCUGCUUCCCUUUGUCGACAGAUGUCCUAUUCCCUCACUAGGUUUGCCAUCUAUGAGACAGUGAGGGACAUGAUAGGCAGCACAAGCAAGGGCCCCAUGCCCUUCUACCAGAAGGUCCUGCUGGGAGCCUUUGGAGGUUUCACUGGUGGGUUUAUUGGCACGCCGGCAGACAUGGUGAAUGUCAGGAUGCAGAAUGACAUGAAACUACCAGCAGAACAGAGGAGAAACUAUAAACAUGCCGUCGAUGGACUCUUCAGAGUCUUCAGAGAAGAGGGUGUGAGGAAACUGUUCUCAGGAGCCACCAUGGCCUCCAGCAGAGGAGCGCUGGUCACUGUCGGACAGUUGGCGUGUUACGACCAAGCCAAGCAGCUCGUGUUGGGAACAGGGAUGAUGGGAGACAACAUUCUCACACACUUUCUCUCCAGCUUCAUUGCUGGAGGCUGUGCUACAUUCUUGUGUCAACCAUUGGAUGUGAUGAAGACGAGGCUGAUGAACUCGAAGGGAGAGUACACAGGGGUGACACACUGCUUGCAAGAAACUGCCAAGCUGGGUCCUCUGGCAUUUUACAAGGGAUUGGUCCCAGCAGGGAUCCGCUUGAUUCCUCACACAGUGCUCACCUUUAUCUUCCUCGAACAGCUCAAACAAAACUUUGGCAUUCGCAUCAUCUCCUGAGUAAGCUCUCUGUGAACGGCCAGUCUUCAACCCCCACGGACACUAUCAGCGCUGCUCACGACGCCCUGUCAUCGCUCCGCUCUUACCAUUUACAAGAAAAGAAGGGAAGAAAGGAAGUCAUGUGCAGUUUUAUGGGCUUGUGCAUGUUUUCCUUUUCCUUUUUGUUCUACCUCUGUCUCACAGCUAGAAGCAAAAUGAUUUUGAAAAUGAACAGCACCACCUUCUGGGAGUGACUAAUACUAGAACAGUAGAUGAUUUACUAAGUGUGGAAUAUCAACAUGAUGCCAAGAAAGAAGCUUAAUGUAAAGGUGAUGGUAAUGGGGUUAUUAGAAUGACCUGCCAACUUCAGAGACAAGAUUAAAAUGAGCUCUAGGUGUCCAUUAUAAUUUCAGGUACAGUUAGUGUCAGGAUGAGACAUAUACUCAGAUUCAGUGUUAAUUUUGAGUUUAAGAUACCCUAACACUGUCAUGAUGAUGGCAGACUAAAUAUUGUCUUUGACUAAUUCCAAAUCAGAUUUUGUGAUUUAUGUUUUAAUCUCUGCAGUAAAACUCAAUCUACCAGUGGUGUAUAGCAGACAUGUAUUUCUUAUAGUCCUCAAAAACACUUAACUAGGCCAAAACUGUGUCGAUGAUUUAUUGCAAAGUACAAAGUGUACUUGAAAAGCUGUAAACUAACAGAAUGUAGCCUUGAUAUCAGUGCCAUUAUGACCAGACUGUCCCAAAAGCCAUUACUAAGACAUGACUUACUGAACUGUUGUGAAAUUACUUAGUAAUCAUUCCCACUAGUGGUGACCAAGUGUGAUGCACCCUACAUUUUACAGUGUUGAUUUUUUUUUUUUUUUUUUUUUUUGUAUUCUUAUUACCUAAUUAUUAUUUUAGACCUGGAAAUCAGCUACUAAUUGGUUCAGGUGUCAUUAACGUUUAGCCCUUUGCUUCAUUCCAAUCCACUGUCAUCAUUUCACUCUCAAAUCUUUUGGAAAGAGAGGAGGACCAAGCUUGUUUGUCUCGUGUUUUUAAGCAAGGUGAGAGUUAGUGGGGGAAAACUGUGAAGCAGAUGAUGACUUUUUUUCUUCUUUUUUUUAUUAACAUAAUUUCUGUACGACCACUUGAUCUCUAAAAUCUUUCUGUUGGAAUAGAGAUGCCUGUUGAUGAAGCCUGUAGAGAACUGCUGUACGGUACAAGUAUACAUGUAACAUUUCCACCUGUAAUGUUACUGUUUUGUUUUAGCUGAAUGCAUGUCAAACUUUAUGACUCAGGAUGCUACUCUGUUUUAUAAGGCACUUUAUGAAAACCCUGGAUUCGUACUGACUAACCUGCUGCGUAGAAAGACAUGUUGUUUACUUUAACAUGUUGUGAAAGUAUAUAUGAAAAUGUUUUGAAAUUAAAAUGUUAAUGGUUACUUUAGAGAGCUGUCUGGGAUGUUUCACAGCCCUCGUCAGAUAUUGUCCCAUGAUAAGUUUGAUAACAUUUUAUUUUACAGGUCCUUUUUAAUUUUAUGCAAAUGUACUGGAAAUGUUCUUUGUAAUUUAAGAUAUUUUACAGAAAGGUGGAGGAAGGUGGUGGUGGAAUUUGGUAAAAACAACAACAUAUGAACUCAAAUAUAGUGAGAGGGCAAUUACAAACUAAACCUACUUUACACUGUUUUUUCCCCUUAUAAUUAGUACCAAAUUGCACCCUCUUGUUAAAAUGUCCAAUACAUUAACUGUUUAAUACCUGCAAAUUACUAAAUUAGUAAAUUAGUAUAAAAUGAAGGGCCUGUAACAUAAAGUGUUUCACCUUGGUUCAGUGAUUUAAUGGUGAAAUUUAGCAUUCUCUGUGCUGUGCCUGCUAUGUUGCCUUAUAGUAUAUGCCCUGCAGGGGGCAUUAUAGUAAUGUGUGAAUGAUAUCAAUACUAACAGCCUGAAAAAUCCUCCUAUUAGCAUUUUAAUAACCCUGCACCUUCAUCCCAGGAUUAUUUAAAAAGAGAGCCACAAGCUCAGUACAACCUCAGAGAAUGACUUUGCGGUGCAUGUUCUUAUGUUCAAGAGCUCCUCAGCUUUGGGAGUUACUGUCAGAGCAGCCAUAACAAGUUAUGGUAAGCCCUACUUUGUGAACACAGAAAUGAAACUGGAGGGACCUGCAGUGUGAAUUUUGUAAAUCAUUAAUGAAUGAUUUUGGAAUUAAAAUGCUAAUGGAAAAUA